CAUGAACUAAACGUACAAAACAACUGUCAGCCGAUAUUUAACAAGAAAGAAUAUGCUACAAUUGUUUCAGAUAUAGAUAUUGCCUUUAUAUAGUUUAAUGUCACAGGAGCAUAACAAUAUCAUAAAUAUGUGGAUCUUUAUACUUUUCAUCUAUAUAUCAUCAGGCAUGUCAGAAGCUCAAAUGCAAGCAUGUUUACAAUUCAACGGAGGGGAUUUUACGGGACACACACAACUUAAACUUCCAUCUAUAAAAGAAAAUUCUCCAGUGGGCCACGUGGUGAAGCGGUUUAAAGCCCCUGAGAGAGUUCGAGGAAUAAACUAUGAUGUCGCUAUUGAACUACAGGGAGAAGGUGUCGCAUACUUUUCCUACAAUCAAGUUACAUAUGAGCUAACCCUCACUAAAUCGGUGGAUGAUUUAGCCGACCUUUGUGUACCUUCGCUUCGAAUAGGUGGGAAAUGUAUCAUUGCAAUCGAAGGAUCUAUGCCUUUAGAGUAUUUGUUUUCAUUGGAAGUUCCCUUGGAGCAUACAAAUGACAAUCCACCAGUAUUUCAACAGGAAGUUUAUGAGUUAGAAGUUAGUGAGAGUCACCUACCUGGUACCUCACUAGAUGGCGGCCUGAUAACUGCUACGGACGCUGAUUGUUACCCUGGUGAUCUAGAAAAGGCCGAUAUUGUCACAUAUACCUUGCAGUCGGUACAACCAAAAUCAAAUGCGUUCGAGCUAAAUAAAACGUCUGGAGAGAUCAAACUAGUAAAGGAAUUAGACUAUGACAUAGGUAUACACGAAUACUCCCUAAAGGUCAUAGCGUCAGAUUCCAGACGCCCUCCAAAGACCAGCUCGACCACUGUAUGUGUCCAUGUUAUAGAUGAAGAUGACCUUCCGCCAAUGUUUGAUUCUCACGUAUAUAAGUCUACGCUGAUAGGUGACAGACCCCCUGUAACAGGUGAGUUCCUGCAAUUUGAUCCAGAAAACAUCCGUGCCGUUGAUCAAGACGAAGGUCAGGAUGCUCCAAUAGAGUACAGAAUAGUGGACGCCUCAUCUGAUGUUGAGGAACAUUUUGCUAUAGAUCCGUCUACGGGUUCUGUGCGGCAAAUCAAACCAGUGGGAAGACAUACAAAUAUAGCAAAUGGGGAGGUUCCUGGAUUUCCAACAUUUAUGUUCACUGUUCAAGCAAUACAAAUGGAUGACCCGGGAAUGAUGUGUAACUGUUCAGUAGUUAUAGCUGUUGAUGAUGUUAAUGACCAUGCCCCAAAGUUUGAAGAUGACGUCUACAAUGCCACCAUUAAAGAGAACACACCAACAGGAACAAUAGUGAUGAAAGUAUCAGCCGAUGAUGAUGAUUAUGGUAUAAACAAUGAGUUCGAGUACGUGCUACAAGAUCAGAGUGGAGCGUUUGAAAUAGGUGAAAGUAGUGGCAUCGUCGCCGUCAAAGACGAAAGUGUGCUCGACAGGGAACAGAGGCAAAACUUCAGAUUAUCGGUUGCAGCGAUCGAGACAAAAUCCAAAGAUCGUAAACGAAGCCGUCCCAACGCUCUGUUGGAGAUAUACUUGGAUGAUGUUAACGAUAACGGACCUGUGUUCCCAAAAACUGAAUACUCAUAUAGUAUAACCGAUGGUACGCUAGAGGGGCAUCUCAUAGGACAGAUUAUAGCCAGCGAUGCUGACGAAAUGUUGAUGGGUAAUGGCCAGGUACGCUAUAAGAUAAUAGGGGGCUCUCCUCCCGACUGGCCAACACGAUUCUCUCUCGGGGAAAAAGAUGGAAAACUUCGGCUUGAAUCAGACCUUCGGGAGCUUAGAAAGAUACGAGUGUACCCAACUUAUGAAUUGACUGUGCGUGCAAUCGACCAGCCUGUGAACUUUACCACUACGAAAUGGAUGGAUGUUUCGGUCAAAGUUGUUAUCACAGAGCAGAACGACUUUGCUCCAAAGUUUCUUCUCGAAAGUUAUUCUGUUGUUGUCAAUGAGCUUGUUCCUGCGGGUACUCCUAUAGUCGACGUAAAGGCAGUAGACCAAGAUGGAGAUUGGACUGUGGAUUACAGUAUUGUUGGUGGUAACGAGGAUGGAUGCUUCAAGUUGAUCAAUGGAUAUUCAGUUGUUAGCUGCCCAGAAAUUGACAGAGAAGAGGUUCCAAGUUAUGUACUUCGCGUGAAAGCUGAUGACGGUAUACAUUCUACUGAGGUGGAUGUCGAAAUCACACUUGCUGAUGCAAAUGACAACCAGCCCCGUUUCAUCAGCCGUCUCUACGUGUUUCAAGUGAAGGAAAACGUUGCCCAUAGACACCACGUGGGUCAGGUUAAUGCCACAGAUAGAGAUGAAGGAGAGAAUUCUGCUCUAAAGUAUAGGAUCAUUCAUGGUGAAGGAACGGAGUUUUUCAAGAUGGACGAGACUACUGGUGAUAUAGUCGUUGAUCGGGGAAUCGACGCAGAAGAUAGGUCCUAUUUUCUCAUCAUCGCUGAGGUAUAUGAUCAAGGGACGCCAGUACUGAAGGAUCAUUGCAACAUCAGGAUUGAAGUAAUAGACCUCAACGACCACUACCCAACUUUCUCAAGUGAGUCAUAUGUUGGACACAUAUGUGAAGAUGACGAUGACCCUAUGCCACGACAAGAGGUUAAAAUGGAACCGCCAUUGUAUGCCUCUGACAACGAUGCCACGUCAGCCAACAAGAUGAUCCGCUACUCAAUAACCGGACCGGAUAGAAAGAUAUUCCAAGUUGACCCACUCUAUGGGACACUCUACGUGAGAGAGUCCGAAGCAGGGGCAAUAGAUAGAGACGCCGGACGUGAUCAUUACAACAUAGAGAUGUUGGCUACUGACAAACAGGGCACUGGUUUUGACACAAAGGUCAGUAUUCGCAUCAACAUUAAUGAUCACAAUGACAACGGCCCCAUAGCAGCUGAGACAGUAAACAUCAAGAUUCCAGAGGACGUGGAAAUUGAUACUGUUGUUGGUCAGAUAGAGGCCAGUGAUGCUGAUGCAACUGAGGCCAAUAAUAGACUCAUGUAUGGAGUUGUAUAUGGCGAUUUGGAAAAGUUUGCAGUUGAUGAAACCAAUGGAACAAUAACUGUCCGUGAGUUACUGGACCGUGAGACGAAAUGCCACUACUGUUUAAAUGUCUCAAUACAGGACACGGCCUCUCCUUACAACAGGGUAUACACCAUGGUAAACAUCACAGUGCUAGACGUCAACGACAACAAACCUUUAGUCAUUGGAGAUGAGCUAGCGAUUAUGGAGGGGCUGCCAUCCGGCUCUUUCAUUGGCCAUGUUGUCAUAUCUGAUCCAGAUGACGGGGAUAAUAUCAAAGCGUAUGUAGAGGAAAAUGUGCCAUUUUGGUUAAACAGUACAGAUGGAUCACUCUACACAACCAAGGUGUUAGACAGGGAGACGAAGAAAUACUACAGGUUCACAAUCUUUGCUGAAGACCAAGGUCAACCCUCACUCGUAUCCUCCAAUACUAUCAAAGUCACUGUCUUAGACAAAAAUGAUAACCCUCCAAGCUUCCCACAGAACAAUUACAAUUACAUGAUCUUAAGUACAUUCCCAGUAGGGACAAUUGUUGCCACACCUUUUGCAUGCGAUGACAGAGAUGAAAUACGUACACCAAUUAUGUACACCAUGAAAGGAGAAAUGGCGGACUAUUUUGAAAUAAAUACCAAAAAGGGGCUCAUCACUAUAAAGGAAAGUAUAGUUGAUUUAGCCAGCCAAGAGGUGAAGCUUGUAGUACGUGCAAUUGACACUGUUCUGCAAAGUCUGUAUACUGAAGCCAAUGUGUAUCUGACUGUGUUGGAUCAGACAGACAUCUGCUCAGAUUUAGACACAGAAAGCGCAACAACACACUCGGUCAUCACUUCUACUACCACACAAGCCACCACAACAGUAGCUUCAGAUGAUACUGCUAAUAUAGACACACAAGUUGUAGAGAAUUAGGGAUCAGGGGGUGGUCACUGGCCAGUAGUAAAUUGUUUAACCAGUUGUAACAAGACAAUAACGUGACAAUUUGUCACCACACAAAUGUUGCUGAGGUCGGGGGCUGGUCACAAUAUGGCAAAGGCAAUUUGUAAUAACAAUAUGCCACCCACGUGGUGACAAUGUAAAAAAUACUACUGUAUAGGCUAUUCUUUAAAACGCCAUCAUGUUUAUAGUAAUUAUGAAGAUACUUAAACUGAAUAAAGUGUGGUUUAUAGAUG